GAAAGCAAAGAAGUGACAAAGAGAGAGAGAGAGAGAGAGAAAAUGGUGCAGAAGGAAGAAGUGAUGAGAAAAGGGCCAUGGACAGAAGAAGAAGAUUAUCAGCUGGCUUUAUACGUGAACUUGUUUGGUGAAAGACGAUGGGAUUUCAUAGCAAAAGUAUCAGGUUUGAAGGUUGGCGGGAGACAAAAGUACUAGGUUUGAAAAGAACAGGGAAGAGUUGCAGGCUGCGUUGGGUUAAUUAUCUAAAUCCUGCUCUGAAAAGAGGCAAGAUGACACCCCACGAACAGCGCCUUGUUGUUCAACUUCAUUCUAAAUGGGGAAAUAGAUGGUCAAAAAUUGCUCAGAAAUUACCUGGAAGAACUGAUAAUGAGAUCAAGAAUUACUGGAGAACCUAUAUGAGGAAAAGUGCUCAAGAGAGGCAGAAAUCAGCUGUAUCUCCAUCAUCAUCAUCGUCCUCAUCAAAAUCUUCUUCAUCAUGUACCAUAAUCACAGAGAUCAAAGAGCCCAGUUUUUAUGACACCGGAGGUCUUAAUGUGGUAGCAAGUACAGAAAAAAAUUUCAAAGCUCUAUCAUCGACCUCAGAAACGGAUCGACCUAUCUCACGGCGUAUUGAAUCCAAGAAUGUUCAAGAGAAAGAAGAAAACACAAAAUUCUACUCCAUGGAAGAAAUAUGGAAAGACGUUGAAUUUUCUGACGAAAAUUACAAUUUUCCAAGUCAAACAAUGGCAUCUCCAAUAUGGGAUUAUUGUCCAAACUUCCUUUGGCCCAUGGAUGAAGAAGUAAACAAGAUGUUUCUGCCAAUGAGUUAUCAGUUUCAUUCUUUCAAUCAAGAGAUGACUGGCUAAUUAGAUAUUUAUUUUUAUAGACGUUCAGUUAACAAGGUUGAAUAACUAGGAGGUAAGCUCUACGUUUCUUUAGUUUUGGGUUCUUGUAACCGUAGGGGUGUAAAGGUGGAUGGAGAAUCCCUAGUAUGGUAACCCCACACAGUUACGUAUGGCCCGCUUCAGGCCUCAAAACGUAUCAAGAAUAAAACUUCAAGUCCAGAAAAUUUUAAUAGAAUGUAUAUAGAUGCUGACAUGUCAAAAUGUGAUUGGACUUUUGUUUUUUGGGGCCAUUUUCCAAUAAUGCCAUGCGAUGUUUUGUUUGCA